AUGCAAAAGUCUAAGUUUACCAGAAAUAGAUCGAAUAGUUGUAAUAAUACCUCUCUGUCAGAUCUUCAAAUAGAUCCUAAAAUUCGCUCUCACAGUCUUUCAUUACCAACUUCGAAUGCAUCUAGUAUUCGAAAUAAAAAUUCAGAAACUGAAAAACACAGAAUCAAGAAUAAUGUUACAAUCAAUAAGAGAUCGAAGAAUCCAAUAGUUAAAAUCAUACAUUCUUUCAAGCGAACAGAAGAUGUUGAUCUUGAGACUGGUGAGACAAAAUUGAAAUCUGAGCUAAAUGGGUUUUCGUUGCAAAUGAUAGCUAUUGGGGGGUCAAUUGGUACAGGGUUACUCUUAGGUAGUGGUAAAUCCUUGAGUGAAGGUGGGGCUGUACCCUUGUUGCUUGGAUACAUACUAGUAGCAACAUUUAUAUAUUGUAUGUGUCAAGCAUUAGGCGAGCUCUCGGUAGCUAUGCCAGUGACUGGAUCUUUUACCAAAUACUCAGUUAUGUUGAUAGACAAAAGUUGGGGAUUUGCAAUGGGUUGGAAUUAUUGCUUACAGUGGCUAAUUUUAUUACCAAUGGAAUUAGUUGCAGCUUCAAUGACAAUUAAAUUUUGGCCAGUUAUUGCAGACUACUUACCAGAUUAUAUGGUUAUUACCAUAUUUUAUGCGAUGAUCAUUUGUAUGAAUUUACUUAGUGUAAAGUAUUAUGGGUUGUUUGAAGUUAUAUUUUCAUUAUUAAAAGUUGUUGCUAUUGUAAUAUUUCUAAUUGUUGGGUUAUUUAUAGACAUUGGUGUAAUCGGGGACGAGAGAAUUGGAUUUAAAUAUUGGAAAGAUCCUGGUAUUUUCUCUGGAAAUGGAUUCAAUGGAUUCAUUGGGGUUGUCGUUACUGCUGCAUUCAGUUUCUCUGGAAGUGAAUUGGUUGGCAUAACAGCAUCUGAAUCAAGAAACCCAGAUAAGGAAGUUCCAAAAGCCAUUAAGCAAGUUUUCUGGAGAAUAUGUGGAUUUUAUUUGUUUUCGUUAUUCAUAGUAGGGCUAUUGGUACCAUUUACUCAUCCAAAUUUAGUUGGAGAUCAUAAAUCGGAUGUCAAUGCAUCCCCAUUUGUAUUGGCUUUGACAAAUACAAAGAAUAAUGCAUUUGCGAAUAUAAUGAAUGUCGUGAUAUUAAUAUCCAUCCUAUCUGUGGGGAACAGUUCCAUCUAUGCAUCUUCGAGAACCUUAAUUGCACUCUCCGAAAAUAAGCAAGCACCUAGUCUAUUAAACUACAUUGAUAAGAAGAAACGGCCUUUAAUUGCAAUUGCAAUAUCCAUCAGUUUUGGUUCUUUAGCCUAUAUAUCGGUACUUUCUCCAACGGGGUCAGAAAUAAUGUUUCUUUGGCUAAUGUCCAUAUCUGGAAUAUCAGUAUUAUGUACGUAUGGAACCAUUACACUCUGCCAUAUAAGAUUCAGGAAAGCAUUGAGACUUAAUGAUAUCUCCUAUAAAGAAGAAUUGCCUUUCUGUUCUCAGAUAGGACUCACAGGCUCGUGGUAUGGAUUGGUAGUAAGCAUUGUGAUAGCCAUCUCUCAGAUAUAUAUUGCAAUCACACCAGUUAAUGGCCACUUUGCUAUUGCCGAUUUCUUUCAAAAAGUCUUGGGAUUAUUAGUUAUAUCAAUAUUUUACUUUGUUCACAAGAUCUACUUGUACGCAAGAUAUGGAGAGUUCCAGUUAUUAGUUGAUUUGAAAACUGUUGAUAUGAAAUUUGGACGAUUCGCCAAUGAUCAAAUCAGACAGGAAUUUAGAGAAAAGUUUCAACAAGAACGGAUUAUUAUGAAUCAAAAGCCCUGGUAUAUCAAGACGUACAAUGUUUGGUGUUGA